AUGAAUAUUAAGGAUGAUGAAGGAAUUCCAUUGAACCAGAGAUAUGCCUUACCAUCAGAAACAUCAUGCACAUUUACUUAUUGGGUUUUAAUUAAUGAUACAAAUGGUCAAAGGCCCGUGACAUUUGGAGUAGAUUUAUUUCCAUCCUUAAUUUAUAAUUCAGCCGAUCAGUUUCUCUAUGUUGUAAAUAGUAACAGGUUAAAAGGCCAAAAUGGGUCCAUUAGUAUUAAACCUCAAUUUUUUAAUUUAGAUAUAAGUUUAGAGCUAUUAAUACCUUUUUCUUGUUUAGAAACCCCAAUACAAAGUUUUGUUCAAAAUGUAUCAACUUAUCCAUAUGUAUCAUACCAAGCAACAUUCCUGAUUGGUAUUAAGUUUAAUGCUUUUUCAAAAUAUACCAGCACUGCGAAUAUUGUUUCAGGAAACAGUGGAAUGCCAGGUCUCAAACCAGUAACACCAACAAGAACAUUUUUUAAUAUAUUUAUAUUUCAAAUAAUACCAAAUGUUCCUCAGGCCCAAAAUUCAAAUUUACCAUCAAGUUCUAUUUCAGUUUUUGAUGGUUUAUUUACAGUCCCAUUCUCACAUAUUUAUAAAUCAUUUUCACCUUUGGGUAGUUUUUCUUCUUUGAGUAAUCAGGUUUAUCCAAACAAUUGUGCAAACUCACCAACAACAUAUUGGCAUUGUUAUUUAUUUAUGACAUUUAAUACUAAUUAUCAAAGUUAUUUUUUUAAUACUUUUGAUGCUAGUGCUUCCGCAUCAAAAUAUUUAUUUAAAGUAAAGGGUAAUUCUUCGUUGGAUACAAUUACAUAUUUAAAUAUUUUACCAACCGUUGAUGGGGCUAGAUCAUACAGCAUCCAGUAUUUUGAUGGAAAUAAGCUAUCAUCCAGCGGUACUCCGCCAUUAUCAGUAAGCUAUACUUUUCCAAAUAAUUAUAUUGCAAAAAGUGGCUCAUUAAAUGAUUAUCCAGAUGGUGUUAGGGUAGUUAGGAUUAAUGUUAGUCUUGAGUAUUUAGGCCCAUUGGUUUUUACAGGUGAUUUAAUGGGAGGUAUUCAAAGAUACUAUCCAUAUCCAUUCGGUGUUAUAAGUACAUCACAAAAUGUAGUGGACUACUCAGUUGCCUUCAUUACACCCCCAAGCUCUUACAACUCAUGGUGGAUAGUAAACCUUCAAUAUUCAGCAGAUACCACAAAAACACUUUAUAAUAUUUCUUCUUCAGAUGUUCCACCUAUUUCAAUUGUUUUGCCAAAGCUUACACUACUGGACUAUAAAGAUAAUGGAGAUACAUUCUCACUUUUAAUUGGAGCUCAACAUUCUAGUGGUAUAUCAAGCAUCUCUGUAAAUCUAUGUACAAGAUCAUGUAUUAAUAUUAUUAAUCCAUCUCAUUUGGUCCAAGGAACUAUUUUUAAUGGAGUUUAUCGAUAUACACUUUUAAAAAAUAGGGUUGGCUUGCAAUAUACCAAGGCUGAUAUCUUUGUUAAAUCAAGAGAUGGCAAUUCAAAAUCUUAUAAGCUUUAUGAUGUAUAUAAUGAUAGCUUUGACUAUGUCAAACCAUUACCAUUCUUUGAAGGUGCCCUAACUCCAGAAACAAUAAAGAGAAUUUAUUUUGAAAAAAAUAAUGUUGAUGUUACUAAUAAUCAAGUCGACAAUACAAUGUAUAUCGAGACCACAAAACGUUUUGAUAACUUUGUAUUCGGUUUCCAUCCAAACUAUAUGCUCGCUGUUAAACCCGUAGGGACUGCUGGCGCCUAUUUCUUCCGUGAUGAAAGUGACCCACAAUAUACAAGUAUUUGGAAUGGAAAUUUAAACCGUUACGAAAUAAGAUUUAAGAUACCAAAAAGCAUUUUUGGGCCAGUGCCAUAUAUUAUUACACCACUACAGUUGGAUAAUACCUUCUUUUAUAACUAUUUACAAAAUGGUAUAGAAAGUGAACUUAGAAUUAUAUCAAAAGACCCAAAUAUUCUACCUCCAAUUAUCGAGACUAUAGAUGUUUCACCAGCAAUACUCUCUCCUCCAGUAGCUCAAGAAACCACAACUCUUUACUUUUUAUUAACUCUUUCAGAGUCAUCAAAUGGUUUUUCAUAUGGUAUAGUGAAUAUCAAUAGUGACUAUGACCCAAUGGGUAGAAAUAUUACAUUCACUGGUCCAGGUGAUAUCUUAAAUUGUAGUUUUCAAAUAUCCUAUUAUGAUAGACCCCAAACUUAUAAAAUUGGUUAUAUUUGGUUAAAUGAUACCCAAGGCCACAUCAGUGAAUAUCCUUCAAAGACAAAAGUAAAUCCUCUAAUGAAACACAUGGACACCCUCAAUACAAAAACAAUCAAGGUCGGUGAUGUUGGUUAUAGCUAUGAUACAACUCCACCAAAAAUAGAGUCUUUUAAAGUUGAUACUUUAAAUCUCAAUGAUAGUAAUAGAACCGUUUCUUUUACAAUUAUGGCAAUAGAUCCACAAUCAGGAAUUUAUACAUCAGGCCUCUCUUCAAGACUUUUGCCAGUUGUAUACCUUUCAUCUUCUAAUUUUACUGUUAUAUCAUCAGUUGCGCAAGUCGAGCAUGUAUUUCCAAACGGAUCUACAAUUUAUAAAACCUCAAUUACAAUUUCCUAUGGAUUUGGUUAUCCCGAAGGUAUAUUAAUUAGUAUUUUUGGUUUAACCGAUAAUAAUCUCAAUACAAAAGGAUAUCAGUUUGAUGAUUUAGCAAAAUUGGAGGCACCUUACCGUUUGAAUAGCUCCAUUUAUGAAGGUCCAUUCAUAUCAAAUUCUCAAUAUUCAAAUGGUCUUUUAACACUCAACGGUUUUAGAUUUGGUUUAUCAAAAACAAAACUAAUAGUUUAUUAUCAAUACGACAAUUUGGUUGACACCAUCGUAGAUUAUGUAUCAAGUGAUGAUAGGAAAAUUGUAACCGAUAAAAUCAAAGAUUCAGUUUAUGAAAAUUAUAUUACUAUAAAAAUUAUAACCAAUGAUGGCUUGGAAUCAAACAGUCUUACUGUUAAAAUAGGAAAUCCACAAUCAACCACCCCACCAGUAAACCAAACAUGUCCAGGAAACCCAGUAUGUGGAGGCCCUGAAAAAGGUGUAUGCCAAAACAAUUUCGUUUGCAAUUGUAUUGAGCCAUAUAAUGGUAUUGAUUGCACAAGUAUGAACACUGGCUCGGUAGGUGAGGUUAAUCCAACAAAUCCUAAUGUAAACUUUACAUAUGUCGACGAUAAUAAUAAAUUCAAAAGUUUAAUUAUUAUUUAUUCAUUGACCGAAAUUGAUAUAUACGGUACUCCAGUCGAAACCUAUAUAUUUAGUAAUUGGUCCUAUCUAGAAUUAGAUUCAAAUAAUUAUCAAUUUAAUACAACAUUCAAGAGUAUGGAUAAUGCUGGUGAAGCGAUUGAUACCCAUCUUCUAGUUACAAUUACCAAAUUUGAUAAAAGAACUACAGUUUUAUUUGCCAACCAAACUCUAACAAUGGAGCCAUCAACAAUUAAAUAUAGCAUGGCUUUGGACCAAUAUAAUUUCAAGAAUCAAUUAAAUACAUUAAAGCUUUUAAUUUAUACAUCACUCGAGGCAUCAAAAACCGAUGAUAUUUGCUCAUCUAUUCAAUUUGGUGAUAACUCCAUUGACUCAAACUAUGCUAAAGUAAAAGUAGGUAAUCUUUACCUAUAUGGAAGAUUCAUUAAAAGAGGAAUUAUCGAUGGUAUAGUCCAACAAAUAUCCCAUGGAAUUGAUAUUCAAAAUAGUACAAGUAGCAAAUCUCAAACAUUUAUCUCAAUCAAUUUACCAAACUAUCGUAGAUAUAUUUCAAUUGAUCCAGAUUUUUCAGUUUUAAUUGAUAAUACAAAUUCAAAUGAUCCAAAUUCUAUAUGUGCAUCAAAAUCAUUAACUAAAGCCCAAUUAGUGGGUAUAAUUGUUGGUGGCGCAAUGUUUAUAGUAGCUAUUUUAAUUAUAGGUUCAAUAGUGUUGUUUAGAAGAUCCACAACUUUUAGACUUUUCUAUUACAGAUUAGCCAAAAAACACAAGGCAAAAAAAAUAGAAAUGAAAUAA